AUCGGUUCAAUUUUUCAAUAACUGCACUAAACAAGUACUGGUAUAUAUAAACUGCCAUUGAGGAAACAUGUUGAGAGUCUGUUUUUCCAUCCAGUUUCUGAUGAUUUUCGGAGUACAAGGCCUGCUUCACCCGGGAGGGACUGGCCCUACAAUAGAGGAGAGGUUUGAAGCCCUAGAGAAGGAGUUACGAGAAAACAUCACAACAAUACAACAGCAGGUGUUCGCCUCAGAAACUCUGGCUCUCCGUCAAAUCCUGACCCUAGAAAGCACCUUCAGGAAAGAGCUUGAACAUGAAAUGGAGGAGCUGAAGGCCAAUUUUUCAGCCCAAGAAAUGCUUCUCAUUCAAGAAAGACAACUCAGGCUUGACUUGGAGAGGGAAAUGAACAAGACGCUCGAGAAUAUUUCAAAAGUGCUACAAAUAUCGAAUUCCAGAAUCGACAAUGUUGUCGCAGAACAGGAAGCCAUGGGGAAACUGCUAAGGGCCAGUAUGAAGAAUGAGAGCACCUUAGGGGCAGCGAUACAGCAGCAUGUCAAUCAGAUAUCAGUGGCAUUGUCUGAUACUCAGAAUCAAUUGAAAACCCUGAGAGCAUCAAUCCAGAGUGCCUCGACAUCUUCCGGAACAGGUGGCAGUCCAGUGGUGGCCUUCACGGCCUAUGCUAACUCAGGCAGGGACUACAGCACGGAGAAGAUCGUGUUCAACUCGGUCAUCACCAACUACGGCGCUGCCUACAACAGUCGCACGGGUAUAUUUACGUCUCCGACAGAUGGUGUUUAUGCCUUUACUUGGACACAUCUGACCCAAUAUGGUCAUUACUGUCAUUCAUAUUUGACCAAAGACGGAGCCAGGCAAAACCUAGACGCCCAUAGCAACUUACAAGGAAUACAUUCUACGGUGUAUACAAUGGCAACUAUGACGGGGACAUUACACCUCUCCAAAGGGGACCAAGUCUGGAUACAGUCUCAGCACUGUGAAGGGUUUCUAGGAUCCCCGUACAACUCCUUUUCUGGAUGGAAACUUUAAAUAUAAU